ACCCCACCAUCUUGUCUCAUUUUCUGUGGCCGCUCCCCGUUUCCCAUCUUCCCUUCCGGGUCUUACACACCGGAGAACAAGGUCGUGAAAAGAAGAGGACUUGGUUUGGUGCUGUCGUUUCUAUCGUCUAGGGGCUCUGCGCUUUUCGCAGAACUUCCAACAGCGCUAUGUUGGGACAGAGCAUCCGGAGGUUCACAACCUCUGUGGUCCGUAGAAGCCACUAUGAGGAGGGCCCAGGGAAGAAUUUGCCAUUUUCAGUGGAAAACAAGUGGCGGUUACUUGUUAUGAUGACUAUGUACUUUGGAUCUGGAUUUGCUGCACCUUUUUUUAUAGUAAGACACCAGCUGCUUAAGAAAUAAGGAUGUUUUAAUUAAUCCAUUAAACAGGUGUGAAAGGAGCAUUUUAAGAGGUGCAGUCUCUUUGAAAAAUGGAUCCAAUUCUUGAAUUCAACAUACUCAAUAUGUUUGUAAAUAAACUUAUGGCAUGAAUCCUUAAUGCCUCUUCUCUGAAA